AAACGGCCGAACAUCCGGUACGUCGUUACUCCGCAGUAAGCGACGUUAGUCCAAGUUCUGGCUCAAAGUGAACAGCUGUCCGUGUGUCCUGGUACCGGCAGGCCCGAACCAGAACCACGCUUUUAAAGGCCUGUUUAUUUGUUCCAUGGGGACUCUGUGAGCGCGUGCACGCCACCGAACCGAAUCCUCCAGUACAGGCAGGGUGGGUGGAGCCGAGUCAUGGCAGGCGCGUCCGUGAAGGUGGCGGUGCGGGUUCGCCCGUUCAACUCCAGAGAAAUCAGCCGUAACGCCAAGUGUGUGAUCCAGAUGCAGGGCAACACCACGUGUAUCACCAACCCCAAACAGUCCAAAGAUGGAGCAAAGAACUUCACCUUUGACCACUCGUACUGGUCGCACACCAUGGCGGACGACCCAAACUUUUCAUCCCAGAAACAGGUUUAUAAAGACAUCGGAGAGGAAAUGCUGCUGCACGCCUUUGAAGGAUACAAUGUGUGUAUUUUUGCUUAUGGCCAGACGGGGGCAGGAAAGAGCUACACCAUGAUGGGCAAACAGGAGCCUGGACAGGAAGGCAUCAUCCCCCAGCUGUGUGAGGACUUGUUUCAGAGGGUCUCCAAGAACUCUGAUCCAGACCUGACUUACUCUGUGGAGGUGUCCUACAUGGAAAUUUACUGUGAGCGAGUUCGGGAUCUGUUGAAUCCCAAGUCCCAGGGGAACCUGCGGGUCCGGGAGCAUCCCAUCCUGGGUCCGUAUGUGGAGGAUUUGUCUAAACUGGCCGUGACUGGGUUCACAGACAUCUGCGACCUGAUGGAUGUCGGCAACAAGGCCAGGACGGUUGCAGCCACCAACAUGAAUGAGACAUCAUCCAGGUCCCAUGCUGUCUUCACCAUUGUCUUCACCCAAAAACGCCGAGACCAGCUGACUAGUUUGGACACGGAGAAGGUCAGUAAGAUAAGUCUGGUCGACUUGGCUGGAAGUGAGCGAGCAGAUUCUUCAGGGGCAAAGGGAAUGCGCCUUAAGGAAGGAGCAAACAUUAACAAAUCUCUGACCACACUGGGGAAGGUGAUAUCAGCUCUGGCAGACAUGCAGAACAACAAGAAGAGGAAAAGUGACUUUGUUCCCUACAGAGACUCUGUUCUGACCUGGUUACUGAAGGAAAAUCUGGGAGGGAACUCUCGGACGGCCAUGAUUGCUGCGCUGAGUCCUGCUGACAUCAGCUACGAGGAAACACUGAGUACUUUGAGAUAUGCUGACCGUGCCAAACAGAUCCGCUGUCACGCUGUGAUCAAUGAAGAUCCAAACGCCAAACUGAUCAGAGAGCUGAAGGCUGAAGUGGAUCGACUGAGAAACCUGCUCUUCUCCCAGGGCCUGCAGGAGCUGCUCGACAACGCCAUCAACAACAACAUGAGUGCUAGUGUGGGUGUUUCCUCCAGCCCAGUUCAACUGUCAGUCACAGCCAGUGUCUCCACCCCUUCAGCUGCAGGCGUUGAACUGAUGUCUGUCGGUGAAGUCACGGCAGACCACGUGAUUGUGAAUGGUGAAGAAGAGACUGUUGCUGCGGAGACCAUCACUAAAGAGGAGGCAGCAGAGCGACUGCUGGAAACUGAGAAAAUCAUUGCUGAGCUGAAUGAGACGUGGGAAGAAAAACUCAGAAAGACAGAAUCCAUCCGCCUGGAGAGAGAGGCCCUGCUUGCAGAAAUGGGUGUGUCCAUUAAAGAAGAUGGAGGAACAUUGGGUGUGUUCUCUCCUAAAGGGACUCCUCACUUGGUCAACUUGAACGAAGAUCCUCUGAUGUCAGAGUGUCUGCUCUACUACAUCAAAGAAGGCAUCACCAGGGUUGGACAGCAGGAUGUGGACAUCAAACUGUCCGGGCAGUUCAUUAAGGAGAUCCAUUGUGUGUUUGUCAGCGAGACCAGCAGUCAUGGAGAGGUGGUGGUCACAUUGGAGCCAUUGAUCGGAGCAGAAACAUACGUAAACGGGAAGCAGAUAAAUGAAGCUGUCAUCCUGAAACAAGGUAACCGCAUUGUUAUGGGAAAGAACCACGUUUUCCGUUUCAACCACCCGGAGCAGGCAAGGUUGGAGCGAGAGCGCAGUGCCACAGUGGAGCAGCAGGGGGAGCCAGAGGACUGGAACUACGCUCAGAAAGAACUGCUGGAAAAACAAGGCAUUGAUAUCAAACUGGAGAUGGAGAAGAGGCUACAGGAUGUGGAGACUCAGUACCGUAAGGAGAAAGAGGAAGCUGAUCUGCUGCUGGAGCAGCACAGACUGUAUGCUGACAGCGACAGUGGGGAUGAUUCGGACAAACGCUCUUGUGAGGAGAGCUGGAGGCUGAUCUCAUCCCUGAGGGAAAAACUACCUGCCAACAAGGUUCAGUCUAUCGUGAAGCGCUGUGGUCUGCCCAGCAGUGGGAAGAGGAGGGAGCCGCUGAGAGUCUAUCAGAUCCCCCAGAGGAGGAGAAUCAGCAAAGACCCCAAACGGGUCACCGUGGAAGAUCUCCGCAUGCAGGCAGUCAAAGAAAUCUGCUACGAGGUUGCUCUGGGAGACUUCCGCCACUCCCGUCAGGAGAUCGAAGCCCUGUCUAUCGUAAAGAUGAAAGAACUCUGUCGAAUGUAUGCCAAGAAAGACAACAAUGAGAAGGAGAGCUGGAGGGGCGUGGCCCAGGAUGUGUGCGACACUGUGGGCAUCGGCGAGGAGAGAAGCCCGCCCACUGAAGAGGGAGGAGAGCUGGGGGAGGGAGGAGACAAAGGGAAGGUGUACGACCUGAAGGCUCACAUUGAUAAGCUAACCGAUAUUCUGGAGGAAGUGAAGUUGCAGAACAACAUGAAGGACGAGGAGAUCAAAGCUCUAAGGGACCGGAUGAUUAAGAUGGAGAGCGUCAUACCUGUUCAGGACGAUGAUGUGAACGGUGAAGGACGCGUGUCACUCCAACAAGAUGGAUGUGGGGCCAGUGAUGAUCUGGAUUUGCCAGAGGUCAGAGUGCAGAGGCUGAUGGAUGAGGACCCGGUGUUUAGGAGAGGGCGCCUCCGCUGGCUGAAACAGGAACAGCAGCGCAUCUUGAACUUGCAGGAGCAGAACGUCUCCAAGAAAAUGCGAGGACAGAACCCAGGUCAGAAUGGCCCAGUGGUUCCUGUACACCUCCCGGGCACCGGACGCUUCAUCCCGCCGCAGGAGUGCAAACUGAAGUUUCCCUUUAAGAGUAACCCCGCCCACCGACUGUCAUGGGGACCAGCCAGUGCGGCGCUGCAGGCUCUGGGACUCGGGGAGGGAGGAGGAGAUGGAGGAGGAGGAGACGGGAAGUCUUCUCCCUCACCUCCUCUUCCUCCUCUUCAAAUUCAAGCCCCAGGUCUCCUGCCCCUCCCCUUCCAGGCUCCACCCCCUCGCAUGGGAUCACCCAGCCCCCACCGUGCCAAGCAGCAGCGUAACCAGGGCGGCUACCUUUACCAGCAGCAGGAUGGCGGCCAUAAUCAGCAGCGACGCUACCGCCGCAACUCUCUGGACAACUCGGCCAAUAGCAACAGCCAGGACAGUGACCUGAAUUCUGACAGUGGUGGUUACCAGGGACGACCGAGACAAAGGAGGGGGGUGUCACCUGGGCCAGGAGGGCAGAGGGGAGGAGGAGGAAGAGACGGCGGCUUCCUUUAUAACAAUCAGCACCACCAGUACCACCUUAACCCGUACUACAACCCCCACAAUGCACCAUUCCAGCCAGGCCCUCACUCCAAUUACUACAGCCUGCCACAUCCCGGAUUCCCGCCACCACCCGCUGACAUGAUGCUGGGGGUGGCACCACAUCAGCGGGGGUGGGGCUUCACCACCCCACCAAGGAUGAGACGUCAGCACAGCGCACCGGACCUCAAAGACAAAGACACACCCAUCUGACCUGACCUUUGACCUGUGAACCUGAACUCUGUUUUCUGAUUGGUUGGGCAGGGGGCAGUUACUGAUGCUGUAGCUGUGUGUGUGUGUGUGUGUGUUAUGAUGAGCUUCUGCGCCAGCAUGGGUUAGCGGUUGUGUAACCAUAGCGACACCGUUUUUGGGAUGUUUGUGGGAGGAUGGUUGUUAUUAUUUACAGCUCACUGUGUUUGAUAUUUUUGUUAAUUUCUUGGUCAGACAUUUUUUAUGCUGUGCCUUAAAGUUAAACAGUUACCUCUGGAUGCUAGCUUUACCGUUUACGGGCUUAACCGUCAGAUACUGUCAGUUAGCCGAGCAGGCCUGAUUCAGUCUCUUAGCUUAUCCUAGCCCACUAACUUGAGCCUGGCAGUGGAGCGGUUAGCGUGUUGUGACUUUAAUGUGGAUAAUUAUUAUUAUUGUUAACAGAAGCAGCGUUCACGCCCUGUGGGCCAGAGGGUUCCACCGACAAUUCCUCCAUUGAGUUCCUGAUUCAAAGCUGGUUCAGGAACAUCUUUAAAAGCCAUCUGAAACACCUUAAGUGCACUUGUAGUGGAAUCCGGUUCAAACUGGUUUGUCUCCAUCAUCCAUUUUUGUGCUCUUCAAAUCAGUUUGAUUUUAAACCUUCAGAAGCAGAAAAAGACAUUUCAAAAUUAUAUUUCAAAGCAGUUUAUCCCAAAAACAGCUGUUUUUUGUUUAAAAAACUCACAUCAGACAAACUGGAUUUUUUCUCAUCGAAAAUGUCACACUGACUGUAAAUUCAGAUAAAUGUUUGAGACAUUUCAUGAUCAUUAUUAUCAUCACUUUGGCUUAGUUGCACCUCUAGAGUCUGCAGGCUGUAACUGCACUGUCAGCUGACUGGAGAGUAAACGCGAUUGAGACGCACCUGCUGACGAAUGUCAAACAAAUGGAUAAAGCCGGUAAAUGAUUUUGUUUUUACUAUGUGGGAUUUAUUUAUUUUUUACUAGGUUCUUCUUCUUUUUUUUAAAUAGUCGGUCGUGUUUGCGUCUCUCCCCCUCGACUUGAACGUUGUCACUGACAGCUACAAACCAAAGAAAGCUGUACUGCGCUGCCCCCUGGUGUCCUGUUGGUCAGAUACACUGCUGUAAAGGAAGAGUUUGUUUGAAAACAGUGAAUUAAUUGGAGUUUAUGGAAUGUUUUGUGUAUAUUUGAAGUUUAUCAAUGUUUUCUGGCUGCAGCAGUUAAAUUUUUGAGUGAUUUUUUUUUUUUUUUUCCCUGUCAUGUAUGAGGUUUUCUGCAUUUACUUGUCAUGUGACCAGCAUGAGUUUACUUCAGUAAUCAUGGGAAACGUAAGUGUAAUAGCAUCUGAUGGAAGCAUAGGAACGUGACUGAUUGUGGGCUGAACCAGCCGGUGAGCAGGGAACUGUGAGAAAUGUAGUGACAAGAGAAAUGAGUUCAGUGGGAGGUUGAGAAAUGCAGAUUUAGUAACAAACGUAUGAAGGAAGAUUUUUGUUUUAUUUUUCAUGUUUUAAUACGGAAAUGGCCGUCAGGAUCCAAGAUCAACACAAACCCGGUCGGGAAACAAAGCAGGAAAAGGAUACUUUGAAUUUUGGAUCCAGUGGUGUAACAGUUAAACUGACAUUGACUUUAACGAGCUAGCUAACAUGACAGGCAGUAGAUGCAAGCUAGCUUAACAUGCAGCUAUCAGUUCAGGUUGGUUAGCUUGUUGGGACAUUAGCAGCACCAGGAGUUUGUGAACGUGCAGAAACAUAUUUUGUCUUCGACAGCUCGUGCUAUGUCAUUCUGAUUUACGUGUUUUUCUAGUUGUAGCUAUAGUUAGCGUUUAGCAUGGAGGCUAAAAGUGUGUUAAAACUGCUGUUCAAUAUUUAUUUACAAAGACACAAACGGAACAGAGCAAGGCAUUGUGGGAG